AUUACAGCAGCGAUCAGAGGAGAAAAGAAGAAGAGAAGAGAAGAGAAGAAAAAUACCAUACGACAGGACUAAAUGAACCACAUUUCAGCAGCGAUCAGAAGAGAAAAGAAGAGAAGAGAAGUAACAUUAGACUUUCUUUCAGAUACAGUAAGAUAUGGCAGAGUACACCACAAACCCAGUUAAGGACGCAUUAUCGCACAUCUUAGACAACCUCAGCGAAGCUGAUUUCAAGAAGUUCAAGCACCAUUUGAAGGGUGAUGUUCCAUGGUCAAAGCUUGAGAACGCUGACCGGGAUGAUGCCAUAUGUCUAAUAAUACAAAAAUAUACUGAUGAACAUUGUGGGAAGACCGUGGUUAUCAUCUUAAGGAAGAUGAAUCUCAAUCAGGCGGCCAAGGACCUGGAGGAGAAGGAGCAGGAGAUCAAACUGGAGAAGCUGAAGACCCUUGAAAAAUCUAAAUUCAACUGUGAACAAAUAGUGGAGAAAAAUGAGGCUCUGGCCAGGUACGUAGAGAAUCAGGUGAAGAUGGAGUUUGAGAGGUAUAACCAGUUCCUACUAGAUGACAUGGCAGCCCGGGUAGCUGCGGUGAGGGAGGAGGUGGAGCAGAAGAGUCAGGCCCCGCGGGAGAACAUCAAGAAGAUCAACAGAGAGAUGUCCUCUUUAGCCGUACAGGACGGGAGGAGGUCUGAUGAGGAGGACACAUCCCUGCAGAACGGAACAGCAGAACGUUCUGAACCCGAACCCACAGCAGCACCAACACCAGAGUACACACUGCAGGAUCCAGGAACACUGAUCAAUGUGGCAAAACACAUGGACGACCUGAAAAUGACACUUUGGAGGAAAUUGAUGAAAAUGAUGACUCCUAUGACUCUAGAUCCCAACACUGCAAACCCAGACCUCGUCCUGUCUGAAGACCUGACCAGUGUGCAAUAUGUUAAAAAGAACCCACAGAGAUUCCAUAACAACCCAUGUGUUCUGGGCUCUGAGGGCUUUACCUCAGGGACUCACUGCUGGGAUGUGGAGGUCGUAGAGAAAACAUCUUGGAAUGUGGGUGUGACGGGGGAGUCUGUGCGGAGGCAGGGAGGGAACGUCUGGUGGAUUGGGAUCUCAUACGUAAAUAACGGUUUUGUAGUACAUAAUCCAAACUGGAUUGAACUCAAAUUGACUCAGAAGCCCCAGAGGAUCAGACUGAAACUGGACUGGGACAGAGGAGAACUGUCAUUCUCUGACCCUGAUAACGACACACUCCUACACACAAUCAAACACACUUUCACUGAGAAAAUGUUUCCAUACAUUGAAACCCGCUCCUUUCUGAGGAUCCUCCCAAGUCGCUAAUAUCAGCAGAGCUGCACUGGUGGAGCCGAUGGAGCCGAUGGUGUCCCGUAUGUGUGUGUGUGUGUGUGUGAGUGUGUGAGACAGGAGGGAGAGAGGAGGAGAGAGAUGGUGUGUGUGUGUGUGUGUGUGUGUGGUGGAGGGCAGAUGGGACAGAGUAGUUAGGCAUUAAAACAGCUCUCAUGAUAAUGAGGUGGUGUGUGUAAUUUAGGAAUAAAAACAGCUCCCAGGAUAAUGAGGUGGUGUGUGUAAUUUAGGAAUAAAAACAGCUCCCAGGAUAAUGAGGUGGUGUGUGUAAUUUAGAAAUAAAAACAGAUCUCAGGAUAAUGAGGUGGUGUGUGUAAUUUAGAACUGCUUAGCAAUAUCUUGGGUCUUGGUGAUCAUGUGUCUAGCUAUAUACAGUAUAGGUGUACACCUUUAUAGUCAUGUAACACUAAUCAGACAGGAAUUAUUCUGUCUUUUCUGUUUUGAUUUACAAAUAUAAUUUAUGGAUCUUUGUUUUGGUGAUGACAACUUGUCCUACCUGACCAUCUUGGAUUUGUGUCAUAUACUUUAUGUCAAUAAUGUUAUUAAAUUUGCUUGAGUAAAAUGUACUCCAAUUGAGUAAAAUUGUACUCUGCCAGAUAACAUUUGGUCUCCCUCUGAAAAGAGUAAAAGUUGCUCUUUUGAAAAGAGGUGGGUGAGCUGCUUCUAGGGACUAUGGGUAAAUGCUAAUAUGUAUUUUCUCUUAAGAGUUUAUCUUCUGAAGUUAUUCACACUGUUACACAGGUCACAAAUAUUGUGUUGAAGACUUUCAGAAUAUGGUAAGAAAUACCAUUAACCCUUGUAAAGUGUUUGGGUCUGUAGUACCCAUUUUCAAUGUUUGCUAAAUUAAAAGAAAUAUGCUAACUAUCUCAA